GAGAAGUUCAGUAUCCUUUGAGACUUCGCAAGGUGUAAGUCUGAUUGGACAGACGACGAGAAAGUGGUACAAUGUCUGUUAAGCAAAAGUUAACGAAGGAAGAGACAUUGCAGCUGAGGAAGAAACACAUUGGACCCUCAUGUAAGCUAUUUUUCCGAUCGGACCCGCUGAAGAUCGUGCGCGCAGCUGGCUGUUACAUGUACGAUGAGAAAGGAUGCAGGUAUUUGGACUGCAUCAACAAUGUCUGUCAUGUUGGCCAUUGUCAUCCACAAGUUGUAUCAGCAGCAAUUGAACAGAUGAGCGUCUUGAACACAAACAGCCGAUUCCUUCAUGAUAAUUUGGUUCUCUAUGCGGAAAGACUGACGUCAUAUUUCCCCGAAAAGCUAAAUGUCUGCUUCUUCGUCAAUUCUGGCAGCGAGGCCAACGACCUUGCAAUACGACUGGCACGAACGCACACGGGGAAGCGGGAUGUGAUCACCCUAGAUCAUGCAUAUCAUGGUCAUGUCACAUCUCUUAUUGACAUUUCUCCCUAUAAAUUCAACCAUCCCGGGGGAGAAGGCCAGCGUGACUGGGUCCAUGUUGCUCCAGUUCCUGAUGUGUAUCGAGGAAAGUACACAGACAAAGACUUCACAGUGGAAGAGUGUACUCAAAAGUAUGCAGAUGAAGUGAAACAGCUGUGUGACAAGGCUACCAAACUCCACGGUGGAGUCAGCAUCUUUUUCGCAGAAUCUAUGCAAAGCUGCGGUGGGCAAAUUGUUUACCCACCUGGAUACCUUCGUCAGGUCUAUAGCCAUGUAAGAGCAGCAGGUGGUGUGUGUUUGGCAGAUGAGGUCCAGGUUGGCUUUGGAAGAGUUGGUUCUCACAUGUGGGCCUUCCAGACGCAGGGGGAUGACAUAGUUCCAGACAUCGUAACCCUGGGAAAGCCUAUGGGCAAUGGCCACCCCGUGUCAGCAGUCAUUACAACAAGGGAAAUUGCUGAAAGCUUUGGAGCCACAGGAAUGGAAUACUUCAACACGUUUGGUGGCAAUCCUGUGUCAGCCGCUAUUGCAAAUGCUGUUCUCGAUGUCAUUGAGAAAGAAAAUCUGUUGGAUAAUGCUACAAAAAUUGGAAACUUCCUAAAGCAAGAAUUUAACCGGCUUAAAGGAAAACAUGCCAUUAUUGGUGAUGUACGAGGCGAAGGAAUGUUCUUGGGCGUAGAUUUGGUAAAGAACAGAGAGACACGGGAACCUGCCACUGCUGAGGCUGCUUUCAUCAACAAAAGAUUAAAGGAGCAAUAUGUGCUGCUGAGCAAUGAUGGCCCUUACAGAAAUGUUCUCAAGUUCAAAAGCCCAUUGGUCUUUGGAAUGGAAGAUGCUAAAGAACUUGUUGAAAAACUGGAUGCCAUCAUGACGGAGAUGGAAGCAGCAGAGAACAUAGUAGCGAAUGGCAUGGAGAAAUUGAUGGUGAAUGGUAACCAUGACCCCAAGCCGCAGCAGCAGCUCACGAAUGGUCAUGCGAAUAAUAUUGAUGCACCCAGUGAAAUUCAAGUUAAAGUGUGACAUACUGACCCCAGCGGCUGCAGCAGGCCAGUCUGAUGCAGUAAAUGUUCCUCCACAGCACUGUAUUGAAGUGUGCUCUCAAACUGACUUGAUAUAGAGUGAUUACCAUUUAUGUGAAGGGGACCAUUCCUGAGGGUAAGGGGGUCCAAUCGAAAACAUAUUAAUUAGAGACAUUUUGAGACCAGAUUUACGGGAACACUCACAAGGGGGGGGGGGAUGCCAGCAGGAAAAAAACUUAUUUCCACGUGGUUGAGCAAAUGUGCAACAGGAUAAUUAAUUAGGCCAAGAAAAAAAAUAUCUGCAUAAACAUCAGUGAAUUCCUUAUCCAACCUCGCGUUUUUUUUUUUUUUUUUUUUUUUUUAUAAAUUCACUAUACUUUCAUAAAAAGAAAAGAAAAAUACAAAAACACGGGCGUGAAUUUUUUUUUAAUUCCUCGCGAGGCUCGAUACGCAUUUCACCAGCUUUAUAGAAAUAAAACUAAAAUUAAAAUCGGUCAAGAGCUCCGGUACAUUUGAUCAUCCAAAGUUUAAAAAAAAAAAAAAAGUGUCGAAAAACAAACAAAAAGAUUGAUAUCUCUAAGUUUUUAAUUAUAAUACCUUAUUAUCAACAUAGAAAUUACUAUAAUUUCCAUCAAAUGCAAUUUGUUGCUCAAAGAUAUAGUCCCCUACUUUUAGAAACAAGCACAUGAAUACGAAUCCAGAUCCAAGACACCAUGACCGCUGUAUCGAAAUCCGGUGUUCCUUCUCAGACCUCUUGUUGUUUUCUUACGUGCAUACACGUUUAUUUGUAUAUGUGUGUAUAUAUAUACAUACAUAUAUAUAUAUAUAUAUAUAUAUAUAUAUAUACAUAUAUAUAUAUGUUUAGUAAAAGUGUGAACCUUUGUAUAUUUGUGCAAGAAUGCAUAGGCCUACAUGCGGAUGUGCAAACGUAUACAUUUAUGUUCAUUGUUAUCUGCAAAGGAGAAGCCUUAUAAUUUCUUUUGCUUCCAAUGUUUUGAGUGCGUCCUCCUCCUCCAGCCUACUCUGACGCGGAAUAUCUUUAAUUUUUAACAUAUAACUAGUCGUUUAACUACGUGGCCCCGCCUCAAAACAAGCAGAAAACGGUUAGUCAUGAGCAGAGCACUAGUUACGGAGGGAUCUGAAUUGUUUCUUUGUUCGUAAGAAAUAACCGUUCAGAAUGCGUUGAUAUUUAAAUAUAAAUAUAGUAUAAAUCGCCAUUAUUCGUUUGUCGUGAACAUUUCUUGUGAUGUACUAAUAGGUCAGUUAAUUGUAGGCCAAUAUAAAAAGAGCUUACACCAGUAAAUUAUAUCAUAUGAAGACUUUACAUUUAUUUUUCCUGUGUAUAACUAGUAAAAUAACUGCUAUAGAAUUAUUAUGUUUUAUCGAUUAUUUAGCUUCAAAUGAACGUGCAAACAGAGAUUACAUAGAAAGUCAACCGCGGUGGCCACACCUGCAAUUCUGAGAGGCCCGCUUGAUGCGGCUGGAGUGCCCAGCACAAGGACAUAUCUGCUCAUCACGAGUGUGUGUUUGUGGAGAAAAAUGCUUGUGACUCAUGCAUUAUCAUCGAACCCUAUACAUACCUAUAUGAUGUAUACAUCAAAAUCGAAUCAUAAAAAAAAAUCAUAGGAAAGAAAUUCGAAGACAUUUGAUUUUCCCCUUUUUUUCGUAUUAUAAAUUCUUCACUUCGGGAAGAAACUGUUAUAAUUAGACACUUCUGUGAUCCAUUUUAUUAGGUAAUAUCAAAAUAAAACGUGUCAUGUUCGCCUCUCUAAGGCAAGAGUGCAGAAAGGUGAAAAUCGCUGACACUGCCCGAUUUCUCGUCGCCGGCGUUCAUAUUCGCGGAGUCAUCUUCUACACUCGUACUGGGUGUUAUAACACAUUUUCCGCCACUCCGACCCAGCCCCAUCCAUGUUAAGGGACGGUCCCCUCAAAAGAAAAAAAAAAAAAGGAAAGGCAAUAAAAACGUGAAGUUUUCUCUAUUCGCUAUGGUAAAUUUCUCCAACAUUCCAGUUGCCUUUAAUAUUUUGAAUGCUAUAUCUGGUUUUCUCUAUUAUCUUUCAAGGAAUAUGCACAAGCAAAAAUUGGAUUUUUACAAUCAUUUGUUUGUAGCUAAUAAGUAGAUUGAAUGGUAAGCAUACAAAUUGCAUGUUAAAUUAUUUUUAAGGCAACUGUAUAAAUAGGAUGUUUUAUAUCAAUGCAUAUAUUUUGUAUAUACCAUUUAUAAACCCAAUGACUAUGUUGCAAAUUUUGGUGUAAAUUCCAUUAUUACUUGAUUAAAAAAUGCACAAUUA